UGCUGUCGACAUCUGGAAAAGCGAAGAGCAGACGACGAUGUUUGUGAAAAUUUUGUGUUUAUUUCUCUGUCUGUCCGCUGUGACAGCCGUGACAACACCUGUGGUCAUUUGGCAUGGAAUGGGGGACAGUUGUUGUAACCCACUGAGUAUGGGCAGCAUAAAGAAGCUGAUAGAACAGCAUGUGUCCGGUGUUUAUGUGAAGUCCCUGGAGAUUGGGAACAACAUUGAAGAGGACACUUGGAAUGGAUUCUUUAUGAACGUUAACAAACAGAUUGCCAAUGUUUGUCAGCAACUUGCAAAGGACGACAAGCUGAAAGGGGGCUACAAUGCCAUUGGAUUUUCACAAGGAGGCCAGUUUCUUCGAGCGAUAGCCCAGGUGUGCCCCAACCCCCCGAUGAAGAACCUGAUAUCAGUUGGUGGUCAGCAUCAAGGAGUGUAUGGCUUCCCCAGGUGCCCAGGAGACAAUAGUACCUUAUGUAACUGGGUGAGAAAACUUCUCAAUCUAGGUGCAUACAACAGUUAUGUGCAGGAAAACCUGGUGCAAGCCGAAUACUGGCAUGACCCACUCAAUGAGGCAGAAUACAAGGCCAAGAGUGUCUUCCUGGCUGACCUCAAUCAGGAGAAUGUAAGGAAUGCCACACAGAGGGCUAACCUGCUGAAGCUUACAAACCUUGUUCUGGUGAAAUUCCUCAAGGACACCAUGGUGGACCCUAAAGAGAGUGAGUGGUUUGGAUUUUACAAGCCAGGUCAAGCUAAGGAAUUGUACACUCUGUGGGAGACUCCACUGUAUCAACAGGACUGGCUUGGUCUGAAGGAAUUGAACAACACUGACCGUCUUCACUUCCUCGGCUCAGACUCAGAUCAUCUGCGGUUUGAGGAGACCUGGUUUAUACAGAACAUUAUCCAGAAAUUUCUCAUGUGAUGGCUACAAGGUGAUGCGCUUUCCAGGUUCCCCCACAUUAUUCCUUUUUUUGGCACUACACGUGUAACUGCAUUAUGGGUGGGUUGUUGGUCUCCGGUGCCUUGUAUGUGAGGUUAUCAGCAGCUGUUGGUCCCCAAGAAAAU